AUGAAUUUUAAAGUCACUUGCAUCGUUCUUGCCGCCGUCACCAUCGUCAACGCUUUAGACUUUGGCAAAAGUCAGUGGAUCUGGACAAAUGAAGUCACUUCUCCUGGCGCAACGGUCCCCACUGGCAGUCGGGCUUUCCGCAAGACAUUCACCCCGCCUUUGGGAAAGACCCCCGUCACUGCCAACAUUCUCAUGGACGUUGACGAUGCGUUUACUCUGUUCGUGAAUGGCGCAGAGAUCGGUUUUGCUGAUAGAGUGCCCUACGCGGAACAGUUUUGCGUGGCCCUUCAGCCGUGCCUCAAUGUUUUUGCCGUAACCGCGGUGAAUACGGGGGGAUCUGCGGGCCUUUUGGCUGCCAUCGAGGUCACCUAUAGCGAUGGUUCAACGAGUACCCUCAUUUCGGACACCACCUGGCGCUACUCCCUCACUGUCACCUCCGGAUACGAGCAGCUUUCUUUCGAUGACAACGCGUGGACUCCGGCUCUGUCCCAAGCCACAUAUGGGGCUGCUCCCUGGGGCCAAAUCGAAACUCCCAAAUCGCCUCCAGUCCUGUCUCUUGUUCAUUCUUUCUGGGUCUGGACCAAUGAGGUCUCCGGUGGAGUCGCCCCCCUGGGCACACGAGCAUUCCGGCGCACUUACACUCCGCAAACUGGAGCCACUCCAACAUCGGUCAAGAUUGUCAUUGUCGGGGACGACUCUUAUACCCUCUGGAUCAACGGCGAUGUCGUGGGAAGCGGUACUUCGUUCGCCAACGCCCAGACCUACACUGUUGCGCUGCAGCCUGCGGCAAGUGUGGUGUUUGCAGUCCAGGUCACAAACGGUGGCGCGACGAAUAACCCGGCUGGGUUGCUCGCAUCGGUCCAGGUCACCAGCAUUGACUCCACGUGCGGCUGCAACUCGAGUGCCUUGUUUGGGACCGACGCGGACUGGAAGUACUCGACGACCGUCCCCGCUGGCUUUGAACAGCCUGCUUUCAAUGAUGCGGCGUGGCCUCAGGCCAUCGUUGAGGCUCCAUUUGGGUCUUCGCCUUGGGGCACCACUAUGUAUUCUGGUUAA